AUGGAGACUCUACGACUAAAGCCUCGCCAACCGGUGGAGGACGAAGUUGAGAACUGGGAUGAUGACGACUUCAUGAUCGAGAGCGAGGACCUCACGUUUCGAAGUGCUUCAACAUCGACCAAUGCGCUUACCAACAGGCGGGAUUCUCACUCGUCGCAUUUCUCCAUCCGAUCCGAGCUCGAGUCCAUCCAUGGCGAGGAGGAAAAGCAGGUUCACCUGCCGGGCGAUGACGAGAAGUCCACACUAGAUGCCAUAGCCGCUGCGGCGAACGCUGGCAUCCCGAUUCCACAAAACGUACCGUCUUCCGCUCUGAUGGGAGGCACAAUCAAACGACUAGGCGGAAGGAAAAUCAAGAAGAUCAUUCAGGAAGACUGGGGUGACGACCUCGAACUGCCAGGCCCGGAACAGGCCCUUCGCAUCAAGCCUCAGGACAGCUCUAAGUUUCCUGAAGUAUUGCGACAGGUCAGCUCGACACAGCCCAGCCCAGCCAAACCGACAAAAGUCUUAACGACCCCGACGCAAAGCGAGGAGAAAGAGACGAAACCUAAGGUGUUGGCCACUCCGAUUAACCUAGAUCGUUUCCGCGAUACGGAGGACGAUGAUGACUUCUUCGGAGAUGGAGCCGCCACCAUUAAAGUCUCAAAGACCCGCCAAGCGCCCAAACCCAUAUCUCUGAUAACACCACCUACGCCACAGAAGAAAGAUGGCGACGAAGACUUUGAACAGGAUCUCGAACUGCCAUCCGAUGGCAAACUGAAGCUUACAAACCGGAAAGAUAUUCCCAAGACUCCUUCGCUCAACACCCUGGAUGAUUUCGACUGGGGCGAGGGAAGUCUCGGCACUAGAUUCGGAGGAACUCGACGUGAUGGACGCUCCAACCGGAGCUCUUCUAUAUCAGCUCUUAGUCCCAGUGUAUCAAGUUCAAUCACAGCCGAGAGCGAAGGGGAGGAUGAGGCUCUUGACGGUCUCGUUCUACCUGAUGGUCCCUUGAAUUUCGGCGAGAGGCUGCAGAGGAGACGAAAGAGUCGAUCUCCCGAGCGAUCCACAGAUCAACGGCCCGCUGAACCGCAACCCCAAGUAGCUAAACGGACUCCAAAGUCGGACCCAGAUAGAGACGACUUCUUUACUGGUCUGGAUAUUGGUGAUGGUGCUGUUUUCGACUCGGGAAAGCUCACCCUUCAUCGCAACAUCAAACUCAAAGAGACCCGACCUGCCAGCCCAGCGCGGCCGAAGGCUGCAGUCUCACUUACUUUCACUAACAAGCCCGUCACCACCACAUCUCGCCUACCCCUCAUCUGUCUCAAGCUUGCCAACUCCAACAACAACGUCCUCACCAGCUCCGUCUCUGCCGCCCUCUACGCCGCGGAGGAGAGAGAUUGGCCAGAAGACAUCCAACGUAUCACUCCGCACUUCGGCGAUGGCCACGAGCUUGAUGGGUUCGAUGACCUUCCCACCUCUGCACACACCGAGUCUAAGUUUGUGAAGCAACCUAUUGCCUCAGGGAACAAGACACAGCUUCGGAACAAGAUCUACCAGAACAUUCUGCCCGAGAGAACCACGACUCCCUCACCUCUGACACCCUAUUCACCCGCGAAGGUGGACUACCUGCCUCAUUUUGCUCGAGACACCACUGCGAGCCGUAUAGCCCGCGAGACAAGUCUGGCCCAGCGCGUACCGUCCACUGGCCCCCUAGCACCCUUGACAGCCCAGCGUGUUGCACAGUUGUCAACGAGGAGCAAUCUCAAUCCUCAUCUUCCACAGUCAACGAUAAGAUCGAAAAAGACUUCUCGGAAGCCCCCUCAGCUGAAGCCUCAUCUCAUCGCCAAUCUCACUGGGGGCAAGGAGUCUAAGAUGGUCAACGGCAUGUUCUACAACCCAGACACGUUUCGUUGGGAAGGAAAUGAGAAUGCGCUGAGCGCCUUCGAUGCGCCUGCUUCGUCACCUUCAACCGCCUCCAUGCCUCCUUUCAUGUUCCGAGAAAAAGAGAACGCCACUCCAAGACCUGCACUCAUCACCAACAUCAGCUCCACCAAGGGUGUUCAGGUGGUCGGUGGAAUGGUCUUCGAUCCUCAGAACAUGUGCUGGCUUAAAAUUGGUCCUCAAACCACCAAGACCGAGAUCAAUGAUCCCAUGGAUGGUUUUAACGCUAUCGAUGAUGACGAGGACGUCUUCAAGGACAUUCCUGAUCUCGAGGACAACACCGCCGCCUCCACUGAGAGCGGUGGUCACGGACGUGUCAGUGACAUUAAGGAUGAUUGGCUGGUUGGUGAGGAGUUUGAUGUCGGUCCGGAAUUCGUGCGGCGGCAGCGAGAGGAGGAAGAGAGGUGGAGGAAGAAGUGCGAAAAGUGGCUGGGUGUGCAGCGCAAUCAAGAAGCUUGGCGAUGGGCAAUUCGCGACAUUGUCAGGGAGACCGCCGGACGUCGCUGA